AUGACAUUUCAAGAACAGGUCGUUCCGCCUCCGUCGAACAACGAUACAUCGACGAUCGGCUGUCUGCACGGUCUGUCCACGUUCGCCAAGCUCUACACGCUCACCGUACUCGACGACUGUUUCUCGGUGUCAGACCUGCGCGCGGUGGUUGUUCGGGCCCUGUGCGACACACUGCACUUUGUCAGCUUCGACCGAUUCCAAGUCGACAUAUUCAACUCGCUAGUGCUGUUCGAGUGUCUGCUGCUAGUCCUGUUGAUAUUCGUUUGGGGCAAGUACAGCGGAGACAUCUACGAGCGUUUUCUGUCCACCGGUUGGUAA